UCAUGCUGCUGCCAGGUCCAGAGUGUGUCAUGGGUCCCUGUACGGCCUCCCAUUGCUGCUGUCUCCAUCGCCACACUCUGCCAUGUGCCACUUUCAGGUCUCCUCACACUGCUGGUGGGUUCCAUUUUGUCAUAGGGUGCUGUAUGGCCUCCCAUUGCUGCUGCCAGGCCGUAAUCUGCCAUGGGCCCCCAUACCGACUCCUCAUGCUGCUGCCAGGCCCAGUGUGUCAUGGGUCGCUGUACGGCCUCCCAUUGCUGCUGUCUCCAUCGCCACACUCUGCCAUGUGCCACUUUCAGGUCUCCUCACACUGCUGGUGGGUUCCAUUUUGU